UUCAUUUUUUUUGUUUAUAGACAAACUGGGAAAAGAAUUGAAAAAUCACAUCUUGAUGAUCUGUCAACUUAUAUUCUGGAUAUAUUCAUGCCAUUGAAGGAUUUAUUUGGUCCGAAAAAAACAGUUCAGAAUGGGCUGAUCGCUCCGAUAACAUUCGAUAAAGGAAAUGAUACCGAUAUCCUGAAUAUGAUCCCGCCAAAAUUCAGAGAAUAUGUUGAACCUGGUUUUCUACAGUUUCGAGCCUAUGCUGAAAAUGGAUACCCAAAUGCCAUGUGCCUUGGAGUCAGAAUGAAAGUAAACUUACCUCAGCAUAUCUGCAUUGGAGGACUUGCAAACAGCUUGAAUGAGUUUGGAACUUGCAGCGAUUUUACAGGCUGGGCAGGAAAAAGCACCGACAACAUAGAUAAGGAUGAGGCAACCGGACAUGCCCAUUCGCAGAAGGAAAUCUCGUCAUCAAUAUUAAUUUUCUACCGUUAGAUAUCAUCGAGAAAAUACGGACAUAUUGAAUUAUAUAUUUACUAUACAACGUUCCAGAUAUAGCACUUGCUUCUUUAUUAGUUGUAGUUGUAAUGAGCAAAAAAUUGACAUAGGUUUCACUCAAACUUUGAAAUUGAAACAUUUUAAAAGUAGACAGAUAGUAGGCUAUUUUGUUUGAAGGUAUAACUUUUGUUGUUGUCGACGCUGUCUUUUACUUUAAUGUGCAAAUAUAAAUAAUAUACUGCUUCAAGGUAUAAAAUAUUCCUAUUUAAUUUAUAAUAUAAAUUCAUAUUCAUAAAUUGAAUAUUCAUGAAUUCAUAAUAUAAAUUCAUAUCAUGAAUGAAUUUUGUUCACCUCAAAUUUAGAGAAUUUUAUGUAUGAUAACAUAAUGACUGCUACCUCGUUCUCAUUACCAGUUAUGCUUCAAAAAUUCUUUUCAACCAAAAUUAUAACCCCAACAGUAAAAAUGUAUUUUUCUUUUUGAUGAAAAAAUAGAUGCAGUUGGAACAGUGAAUAUAGCAACACUAACUAUCACAUAUUGUGUUCGGGCUUAGUUACUAGUAUUUGAGUCGCAAAUUCAAAGCUUUCCAUCCCCACGAGAAAUUUCCGUAAUCACAGUUUCAACUUCAAAGUUUAAGUCUAGGUUGAAAUUGACUAAAAUCGAAUGGAGUUUAUUUUUUCAAAAUUUUGAAUUGUGGAUCGUCGGAGGCAAAAUCUUUGUCAUACCUUAUUGGGAUGAUUUUUCUAGGGCCUAGAACGACUUCCACAGCCUGUGAUAGACAACAAAAAUAAUGAAAUCUCAUUCCGUUACAUAUUUAUCAUAUGCUUGAUUUUCCUUAUAUUUUUAUUUACUGCAAUUCACAAAGUAGCAUACGGUGGUAAAAUAAACUUAACAACAAUGUAAUGAAAAAGGGAAAAAAGGAAAGCCUAUUCUCAGUUUCGUCGUGGUUAGUCAUCGUUUCAAUUUUUGUUAUUCGAGAUAUUUCAUCAAUUUUAGUUUUAUUUAUUUGGCUUUUUCUAAUUAUUUACAUCGGAGAAACUAUUGCCAUCUUUGUGUCUUUUAGAUAUCAAUCAUAAUAAAAGAUCCUACCACCAUGAACGUAUUAUUAUUUUCUAAAUAGUAUCAUCUGAUAUCCAAAAGUUAUUUUGAAAUCAACAUCGUUGUCCAUUAGUUCAUCUUUGCACACAAGCUUUUUGAUAGAAUCGCCGAAUUGCUCCAGUGGGUCUACGGAAGGAUUCGAUUUCAUAUACGUUGAAUAUUCACCUAAAGUGGCCAUGAAUUUUUUGAAAGAUGGCAAAUUGUAUGCUUUA